AUGGACAACCAAUAUUUCGGAGUUACCAACUCCAGGCUAUGGAGUCGUCAAACAUAUUUUGGAUCCGUGAUCUUUAACCUAGGCGCCUUUGCUCUGCCGGCCUUAUACGGUACUCUCAGCAAGCUAUGGGUUGCUAACAUCGACCCAAAGCAAGUGGCGACAACCGACAUCUACACCUAUAUUGGAGUGAUUGUGGAGGUUCUGAACGAGAGUCUCCCUCGCACAGCAUGGCUGGUCAUUGGAGACAGCUCAGCACGAACUCUACAUUCACGGCUCAAUCUCGCUUACACAAUGAUUCUCGUACAGACUGUGCUGGGAGUUUGUAUGACUGUGAUAUUCUUAGCUUGCUCACGGAUUUUGGCUUCUGGGUUUGUUCCGUUGAUAGUACGAGAGGCCUCAAUCACAUACGUGCGACUAUCAUCCGUCCAAGCUGUGACAUCAGCAAUUGAAGCCGCUUUGUCUGCCUCGAUGCGGGCACUUGAUAACCCCGACGUACCGCUAAUUAUCAGCUCCGCGAAAUUCGUUGUGAACAUUUUGUUGGAUCUGCUAAUAAUUUCUAAGAUGCAUAUCGGUGCAUGGAAGCCAACAGUGGUCAUGCAAGCUAUCAUUAGACUUGCAUGCGACACGAUUGCUGCGCUGGUGGGGCUGACAUACUUCCUCACUGUUGUAGCGAGACGAUGUCAAAAAGAAUCAACUGAUUCAAUAGCUCUUCGUUGGAGCCUCGCCGAUCUCAAAAUACUCUCCAGGCCUAGCAUAUACACCUUUGCCGAAUCAGCUAUACGAAAUGCUAUCUACCUAUGGCUUGUCCAUCAGAUUGUGCUUCUAGGGUCUGAUUAUGCGACAUCAUGGGGAGUAUUCAACACUAUCCGCUGGGGACUUAUAAUGGUUCCCGUGCAAGCAUUGGAGGCAUCAACGCUCACCUUUGUGGGUCACAACUGGGGUGUAUAUCGUGCUAGCAAGAGCAACGAGCAGCCGCGAGCAUCUCGAAAAGCAAUCCUUGAGAUAAUUCGACCAUCUUUUCGGUCUUCUCUGAUCGUCUUGGUAGUUGAGACCGUGACCUGCAUUGUCCUCUCGCUGCGCGGAAGAGAUACUUUUGCGCGUUACUUGUCCGGUUCAAGUGCCGUGGCCAAGAUUACCCAGACCAUGUGGAAAGUGAUUCUCCUUGCGACUUCCCCGCGGUGGUAUCUCUACCAAUCACUUGGGUCAAACUUCUUGUGGAUGUUGCCUUGGGCGAUCGUUGUUACAACCCUUUCUCUGCCGACAGCCUCGGCUUGGACAUACUAUGCAAUUAUUUUUGGCGGGGCCCUUGUUUUCGACUCUGGCUGUGUUUGCUUUACGCUGACCAUAUGGGCAUACAGGCUCAUGAGAGGAAAGAUUGGACUGACCCCAGGAGCAUAA